GGGGGGGCUGGCUUCUCCCGGCGGCGGCGGCGGCGGCAGGGAGCCCGAGCCGCGGGAGCCUCCGGAGCCACCGGAGCCCGAGCGCGAGCCGGAACCGAGCAGUCGCAGCCCGAACCACAGGAGGCGUGGAGUCGGCAGCUGGAGCCCGAGCCGCCCGAGCCUGGCCGCCGCCGCGCCGCUGCAGCUCGGGGGGUGGGCGCCGCUCGCUCCGCCCCGUGGAAGCCCUCCCGGCCGCCGCCGCCGCCUCCGCCGAGGGACGCGGGGCUGCUCCCGCCCGCCCGAGACCCAGGCUGCCGGUGGCCGCCGCCGCUGCCAUGUCCCCGGGGAAGCCCGGGGCGGGCGGAGCGGAGAAGAGGCGGAGGACGUGGAGGCGGCGGCGGCGGCGGCGGCCUCGGCCCGGGCCCCCGGCUGCGGCUCCCGGAGCCCAGGCUGCUGCGGCUCCCGGAGCCCAGGCUGCUGCCGCUGAAGCCGCCGCUCCGGGGCCCCGCCGCGCCGCGCCGCUCCCGGGCUGGUUCCGGGGCGCGCGGAGCCCCAAGCUCGGGGAGGCGGGGGCGCAGCCUCGGCUCUGUCUCCUCCUGCGCCUGGGGCUGCUCCUGCUCGCCUUCUGCCAGAUUGCUGUUGCAGAUGACUGCAUUCAAUGUGAUCCGAUGACUUUAAGUUCCACAACCACUGAAAUUGACUUGAUUGAUUUAUCAGAAAACUUGUCCAUCAGCAACGUGACCAGUGGAGGAAGAUAUGUGACUUGGCGCAUCCAGUCAGAGAACGGAGGGAACAAGACAAUCGGGGGACUGAGCCCCGGGGAGACGUAUGAGAUUGAGCUGAAGAAUGACACCAGUACCUGCUGCAGAAAGUGGUCAACACAACCUAACCCUGUACCUGACAUUGAAGUUGUCAGCGUGGGUACAACCGAGGUGACCCUGACCUGGAAGAACUUGCACCAAGCUGCUUCUCAGUACAAAUACAUUGUCCAGUACCAGCAAGCACGUGAAGCAAAGGUCAUCACCAGCUGGCAUCCGAACAUUACAGUCACAGACUUAGCAGCUGGCACUUAUUAUGCUUUCUCAAUCGCCCUAGAACUGGAAGAUGGGACUCGGGGACUCCUGAAAGUUGUGACUGUCGUGACAAAACCGAAUCCAGUGUCUGAUCUCCAGGUCACAGAUGUGGGCCUAGCUGAUGCCACUCUAAGCUGGCACUCAGACAAUGGCACUGUGGCAGCCCGUUUGCUAUUUAAAGCCUUUGAAGAUGAGACUAAUUCAUUCUCCCAGAUGAUACUGAAUAUUUCACACCUUGAGCCAGGUUUCCAGUACCAGUUCCCUCCGUUUCUUCCAGAUCCUUGUCAGGCUCAAGGAGACUCUAACGCCACUCAAAGCAGGCCAGAAACAGGUGUCAACAGCACAGAGACGAGCACGGUGGUGGAUGACUCCCUUUGGCCAACCUUUGGCCCCAACACAUUGGCACAUGAAUGUAACUUCCAAAAGAGAGCCCAGUUGCCUGCAGAGAUCUCCCAAAACACAUUGACAAGGGUCCAUGUUACUGGGUUAAAUUCGGGAACUUCCUACCAGGCCACUGUUUUUUCUCAAGCGGCCAAUGGGACUGAAGGAGACCCUCUGAUGAGAAUCUUCGAGACAAAUUCUAGUCAAGUGGUUAAUGUCAGAAUUGCGGAAGUCAGCGACACAGGAGUGAAGUUGUUUUGGGAGAACACUGAUAACUCGUCUAGCUACACAUAUAGGAUACAGGUGGCUGGGGAUGGUCAUUCCUUUGACCAGAAUUCUAAUGAUACCCAUGUUGCUAUCACAGGACUCAAUUCUAGCACAUUAUAUAAUUUCACAGUAUAUCCUAAAAGAAACUAUGAUCCUGAAGGUCAACCAGUUUUUACUCAGACUUAUACAGCACCCCAUCCAGUCUCUGACUUUCGAGUACAGAAUUUCAACACCACUAGCAUCAGCUUAGCUUGGAGCAGCGAGGGCUCCUCCUUCAGGAUCCUUGUUAAAGACCUCACACAUCAUUUGUUCUCCAGAAAUGAGACACAGCAAGAAAAACAGCUUGUAGUUACAGACUUAAUACCUGGGACACUCUAUUGUUUUGAAAUAUUUCCUCAAGCACCAGAUGGAAGGGAAGGAGUCUCUCGAAAACUGGAACAAACAACUGAGCCAAAUGCUGUUUCCAGCAUUGAAGUUGUAUUUGUUAACACAACUACGAUACACUUGCAAUGGCAGAACAGGGACAGUGUAUCCCUAGGGUAUCGUUAUCUUCUCCUGGUAGAAACAAGUGGAUCCUGGGUCUUUAACUCUACAACCAGCUUCCUUAAUGAGACCAUUGGAGGCUUAGAACCUGGGACAUGCUAUAAUGUUACCAUCUAUCCAGAAGUAGGAAAUGGGACGAAAGGGAGUCCAGUGUGGAAAAUUGUGUAUACAACCCCUAGCCCAGUAUCUGCUAUCAGUGUUUCAAGCAUUAGUACCACAGAGGUUACCUUAAGCUGGGAAGAAACUGACAGUGCCGCCGCUGGCUACACCUAUCUCAUCCUUCUUGUUGAGGGAGGGUCCGGCAUGUUCAUCAACCAGACGCUGAGGGUCAGAAAUGCUACAAUCACAGGUCUGAGCCCUGGCACUUCUUAUAAUGUCACAAUCUAUUCCCAAGUGGGAGAGGAUCUUCUUCAAGGGGAACCUGGCCACACAUCCUUCUGUACAGAUGCUGCAUCUGUGGCUUUCCUUGAAUGCAAUCCAGUACCCAAACAACCAAUCCUCAUUUUACGUUGGCCCUGUCCCCCUGGGGUGAACAGUGGUUUCAGUCUGACCAUCCACAGUGGGGAGUGGAGCAAGGAAAUAAAUCUCCCACCCUGCUAUUCAACAUAUGUGAAUGAUGACUAUAAUGGAACCUAUGUGGCAUCUUUAAAUUAUUCUACCACCUACAACAUCAGUCUCAUCACCCUGUCAUGCGGGAAAAAGAGUUUCCCUAAACAGAAUAUUUCCCGAACUAGCAUCACAGACCCACCUCCUCCAGAUGGAUUGCCAAAUAUUUUUCCCAUCAACCACAACUCAUUGAAAGUAAAAUUUGGCAAGUUUGAGUCAAGCCAUGGACCAAUAACAGCAUAUGCGGUCAUCCUUACCACGGAUGGAAGUGCUAACAAGUCUUCUGCUGACUUCUUAAAAUAUACCUAUGAGGACUUCAAGAAAGGAACCUCCAAGACCUACGUGACUUACCUCAUGACAGUGAAGGAGGAAAGGGCCGCUUCAGCUUUGUCCGAUGUCUUGAAGUAUGAAGUCAUUGUAGGAAAUGAAUCUACCACAGAUGGCUAUUAUAAUGGGAAACUGGAACCCCUCAGUUCCUAUCGGGCCUGUAUUGCUGGUUUCACCAAUAUUACCUUUGACAGCCUCCACCCUGGGCUCAUUAAUGGCACUGAAAGCUAUGUCUCAUUCAGCUUCUAUUCCGAUGCAGUCUCAUUACCUCAGAAUCCAGCUGUUAUCUGCGGUGCUGUGUUUGGGUGUAUCUUUGGUGCCCUGGUAAUCGUGGCUGUUGGAGGCUUUAUUUUCUGGAGAAGGAAAAGGAAAGAUGCAAAGAACAGUGAUGUGUCCUUUUCUCAAAUUAAACCUAAAAAAUCCAAGAUUAUUAAAGUGGAGAAUUUUGAAUCCUACUUUAAGAAACAGCAGGCUGACUCCAACUGUGGUUUCGCUGAAGAGUAUGAAGAUCUAAAGCUCAUUGGUGUGAAUCAACCGAAAUUUGCAGCUGAGAUUCCGGAAAAUAGAGGAAAGAACCGCUAUAAUAAUGUCCUACCGUAUGACAUUUCCCGUGUGAAACUUUCCAUUCAAACACAAGUGACUGAUGACUACAUUAAUGCCAAUUAUAUGCCAGGCUAUUACUCUAAGAAGGACUUUAUUGCCACUCAAGGACCCUUACCUAAUACCCUAAAAGACUUUUGGCGUAUGGUCUGGGAGAAAAAUAUUUAUUCUAUUGUUAUGUUGACCAAGUGUGUUGAACAGGGAAGGACCAAAUGUGAGGAAUACUGGCCUUCCAAACAAACUCAGAAUUAUGGGGAUAUAACUGUUGCCAUGACAUCAGAAAUCAUUCUUCCAGAAUGGACGAUAAGGGAUUUCACAGUGAAAAAUAGCAAGACCAGCGAGAGCCACCCCCUACGUCAGUUCCAUUUUACAUCCUGGCCUGAUCACGGCGUGCCGGACACCACAGACCUGCUCAUCAACUUCCGAUACCUGGUCAAUGAUUACAUGAAGCAGAGCCCUCCGGAGUCCCCCGUACUGGUUCACUGCAGCGCUGGAGUCGGCAGGACUGGGACCUUCAUUGCCAUAGACAGACUCAUCCAUCAGAUGGAGAACGAGAAUGCUGUAGAUGUGUAUGGGAUUGUGUACGACCUCCGCCUGCAUCGACCUCUGAUGGUGCAAACGGAGGAUCAGUACGUCUUCCUCAAUCAGUGCGUUUGGGAUAUUAUCAAAUCUCAGAAAGACUCCAAAGCUGAUCUCAUCUACCAAAACACAACAGCCAUGACCAUCUAUGAGAACCUCGCGCCAAUGACUGCUUUUGGGAAGACGAAUGGUUACAUUGCUUAAUUCCAAAGGAAAACCUUCCAGCUCGGAGCUUCCUGGGCCUGGCGCCCCCACAGUAAAGGGAAACGAAUGCACUGUUGUGGAUAUGUUUUUAUAUGUACAGUGUCUUAAUCUGUGUGUGCGUGUGUGUGCGGGUGUGCAUGUGUGCAUGUGCGUGCGUGGGUGUGUACUCUGUUUGGCUUUGACCAAUCUUGAAGGCUUGAAGAUACAUAUGUAAGAAAAUGCGAACGAGAAGUUGGACUUCAGGGACUGUGGCUGAGGAAACCAACUGCAUUUGGGAUGAAGAAUAGGAUGAGUUGACUUUUUCUCUGGGGGUUGCAGACCAAUGAGGAAAAGUGAGCUGCAAAUUUCUUCCCCCUCUUCUUUCUAAAGGACAUACCUUCUCUCUUCUCUUCUCUCCCUCUCCCUCCCUCCCCUUUCCUUCCUCUCUCUCUCCCUCUUUCU